UUGUUAUUGUUGAUGAGACGAUGGGUACCUUAAUGUAGGCAGGGCAGUGUGCCAUCUCAGCAUUAAACGUUAUUCAGGAUCAUCCUCAUGAUGAACUUCGAGGGAAUGGAUCCUGGCUUGGGCGAUUACUCGUCUGGGUUACAUGGUAGCCUUGAACCAGGUCUAGAAUCCUCUCUGGACCCUAGACUCGACCCAUCGCUGUUGCAAGGUGUGGAGCUAGAUCCAGAUGGCCUUGCGGUGCCUGCUGAUUCGGUGCAUCUUCUGGAGGGCUUGUUUUCGGAGUUGCAUAGCGUCGCUGCGGAAGUUGGUAUUCCCGUCACAGCGACACACUUCGAUGUGCAGGAGGAGCUCCUCUGGAUGGGAAACCACCGGGGUCAUGCCAGUUCCUUCUUUGGCCCUACAAUGGGCCGGUACUCCUCAUUCCAGGUGCACCUGAGUGAUGACGUCCGUCAUAUCCAGAGUAUGGAGACAGGAGUGUUGUUCCUUACCAAGAACAACCUCAAGUGUGUCACUCGUGGUGGAUUCAUCAUGUUUGACUAUCCAAUGGAGGAGGGAGCUGACAUGCACAGUGUGUUGGUGACUGACAAUAACACAUUGAUGAUGGCGGGCCUUCAGAACUAUGUGAUAGAGGUUGAUCUCACUACGGUGCAAGAAACGCAGAAGUUUGACGUGGAGGCUCCAGGGGUAGCCAUCAUUAGACAGUCCAAUCGUUUCCUCUUCUGUGGACACACGUCUGGUAAGGUGUCUCUCCGUGACCCGCGGACCUUCGCCAUGGAGCACGAGUUUGAUGCCUUCUCGGGCAGCCUGUCCGACUUUGACGUGCAUGGCAACCUGCUAGCGGCGUGCGGCUUCUCCAGCCGGGGCAUGAACGGCCUGGCCUGCGACCGCUUCCUCAUGGUGUACGACCUGCGCAUGAUGCGGGCCAUCACGCCGCUCCAGGUGCACGUGGACCCGCUCUUCCUGCGGUUCAUUCCCACCUACACCUCCCGCCUGGCCAUCAUCUCUCAGAGUGGCCAGUGCCAGUUCUGCGAGCCUACCGGCUUGGCCAACCUGGCCGAUGUCUUCCAUAUCAACACAGUGGGUCAGCUGCUCAUGAGCUUCGAGGUGUCCUCCAGCAAGCAGGCGCUGUCCUUUGGUGACUCGGGCGGCUGUGUGCACCUGUGGUCCAGCACACCAGACGUGACCUACAACGGGUACUCGCGCGAGACGGACUUCGCCCUGCCCUGCCUGGUGGACUCGCUUCCUCAGCUGGACUGGGGGCACGACCUGUUGCCUCUCUCGCUCAUCCCCACCCCGCUGACCACGGAGCCCCUGGUCUCGGACUGGCCCACCACCCUGGCAACUCCUAGCCCCAGACAUGCACCUGCUGUGGACCCAGAAAUUCUUCGUACCAUGAAAACAGUGGGCUUUAUUGGCUACGCCCCCAAUCCCCGCACACGCCCUAGAAAUCAGGUUCCCUACAAGAUCAAAGAGGUUGAGCUGGAGUAUGAUGGUUACAACCAAGUACCAGAGUCUCCCAUUGGUCGAGAUGAAGAGCCACACUUAUACAUGGUUCCAAAGAAGUAUCGCAAGGUCACUAUUAAAUACUCAAAACUUGGACUUGAGGACUUUGAUUUCAAGCAUUACAACAGGACACUGUUUGCUGGCCUGGAGCCACAUAUUCCCAAUGCUUACUGCAACAGCAUGAUCCAGGUGCUGUACUUUCUGGAGCCAAUCCGAUGCUUAGUGCAGAAUCACCUGUGCCAGAAGGAGUUCUGUUUGGCCUGUGAACUUGGCUUCCUCUUCCACAUGUUGGAUCUGUCUAGAGGAGACCCCUGCCAGGCCAGUAACUUCUUGCGCGCUUUCCGCACCAUUCCCGAGGCGUCCGCAUUGGGCCUGAUCCUGGCCGACUCGGAUGAGCAGACGGGCAAGGCCCGAUUGGGCCGCCUCAUCCAGAGCUGGAACCGCUUCAUCCUCACCCAGCUCCACCAGGAGACCCAGGAGCAGGAGGGACCCCAGGCCUACCGGGGGGCCAGCAGCAGUGGCUCGGGGUCAUCAACAGAGUCUGCGAUUGGCCACCUGUUCGGCUGCGAGGUGGAGAACAGUAGCCUGUGUCGCUGCGGGAAGGAGACCGUGCGCUCUUCGCUGACGCUGCUCUUCACCCUGCACUACCCCGAACAGAGCUCCACCGAUAAAAUUCCUAAAGAGUAUGACUUUGUGGAUAUCCUAAAGAAGAGCAUCUGUCUCGAGCAGAGCACACAGGCUUGGUGUGACAACUGUGAGAAGUACCAGCCAACAGUGCAGACGCGCAACAUCCGUUGCCUGCCCGACGUGCUGGCCAUCAACUGUGAGGUGAACAGUGUGAAGGAGAUGGAGUUCUGGAAGGUGCAGGCCGAGUAUGCUCAUACUAAAGCCCUGAAGAAAGAAGCCGCCGAACCACCAAAGCCAAAACCCGAACCUCUCCCAACCGAAUGGUGCCUAGAGAAUGAGCUGUCCAAUACAGAGGGCCUGACCUUUGACACCAAGGCAGAGGACCUGCAGCACGUGUGGAUCCCCCUCAGCCUGAAGAUGUCCAUCAGCAAGAGCCAGGGUCUGGAGGUCACUACCUGGCCAGAGGGAGAGGAGCUAAGUGCUGCAGAGGAGGCUGAAGGGGCUUCAGUGUAUGACCUGGUGGUGACUGUCUCACACGUGCUGGACGCACGCACCGGUGGUAACCUGGUGGCCCACAUCAAGGUUGGGGAGACCUACCACCAGAGGAAGGAGGGUGUGACGCAUCAGCAGUGGUAUUUGUUCAAUGAUUUCCUGAUUGAACCCAUCGACAAGCAAACUGAAUCUGCCCAGUUUGAUGUGAACUGGAAGGUCCCGGCUAUUCUCUACUAUGCCAAGAGGAACUACCACUCCAAAUAUGACCUGCGCAUUAAAAAUCCUAUAGAGGCUAGUGUGCUUCUCACAGAGGCUUCUCUGGCACGGAAGCAGAGGAAGAGUCAUGCGACCUUCAUCCCCCUCAUGGUCAGUGAGAUGCCGCAGGCAGGAGAUCUGGUGGGACUGGACGCCGAGUUUGUCACACUAAAUCAGGAGGAGGCAGAGCUACGCAGUGACGGCACUAAAUCCACCAUCAAGCCUAGCCAGAUGUCUGUGGCCCGCAUCACCUGCGUAAGGGGCCAAGGGUCCAAUGAGAGAGUCCCCUUCAUAGAUGAUUACAUCUCAACUCAAGAGCAGGUUGUUGACUACCUGACUCAGUAUUCUGGAAUCAAGCCUGGUGAUCUUGAUGCCAAGAUUUCCUCCAAGCACUUGACCACUCUGAAGUCUACUUACCUCAAGCUACGCUUCCUCAUUGACACAGGCGUUCGGUUUGUAGGCCAUGGCUUACAAAAGGACUUCCGUGUCAUCAACUUAUUGGUGCCGAAAGACCAGGUCAUUGACACAGUGUACCUCUUUCACAUGCCACGAAAGAGAAUGAUCUCAUUACGUUUCCUUGCCUGGUACUUCCUGGAUCUGAAUAUUCAGGGUGAAACACACGACAGCAUUGAAGAUGCCCGCACAGCCCUGCAGCUUUACAGGAAGUACUUGGAGUUGAGUCGAGGGGGCAACGAUGACGUCCGGAAAGUUCUAAAAGGACUGUAUGAAAAGGGACGCAAGCAGGAUUGGAAAGUUCCAGAGGCAGACCCUACAGAUGGUCAAGGUAGCCCAAAAAGUUCAUCAGUGUUUCCUUCGGUGAUGGAGCUGUAAACUUGGUUUGAAUGAACAUGGACCUUUAAUGGACAAAUGUACCUUGUGGAUUCAUUUUUACAUUUUUCAAAUGAUUUUUUGCUAUUUUCUUAAACGUCGACAAGCCAACAGAGCACUAGCACACCGGAUGUCUGAAAAACAAAAUGAUGCAUUGUACUAACCAUGGUGGAAGCGCUGUCAGGUCCGUCUCACCACAGUUAGCCAAUGUAAUCUUUCAUUAUUGUGCCGGUGUAUGCGAUGGAACAUGACUUGCUCUAGUUUUAAGCACUGAUAAACUGGAAGUGGAACACUGAAGUAUCAUGGACUGACUCACGGACUGGCUAUUUUUUUAUGCACUGCCUUGUGCUUUGACAUUUUUUUUUGUUGUUGUUAUUCUUUGUAUUGCAUUGGUUAUUAAAGAAAUGUAAAGCUCCACC